CCGACGCGCGCGCCGACGACGAAAGCGCUCGCUCGAGACGGCAUGCGCGCGACCGCGACGGCGCCGCGCGUCGCGACGGCGCGCGCGCGACGCGAUCGCGCGACGCGCGCGACGGGACGAUGGACGCGCGCGCGCACCGCGACGGCGCCGCGCGCGCGCCUCGGCGCGCGCUCGAGCGCGAGCGCGGUGGAGACGCUGCGGUUCCUGACGCCCGAGGACGCGCGCGACGUGGCGGAGACGCACGGGACGCCGACGUACGUGUACGACCGCGCGACGCUGGACGCGCAGGCGGCGCGGGCGAGGGCGUUUCCGAACGCGUACGGAUUGACGGUGCGGUACGCGAUGAAGGCGAGCCCGAACGCGGCGAUCCUGAAGACGUUUAAAAAGGCUGGCCUGCACGUCGACGCGUCGAGCGGAUACGAGUGCGAGCGAGCGAUGAAGGCGGGAUUCGAGGGGGGGGAGAUCUCGCUGUCGACGCAAGAGCUGCCGAGGUUUUUCGAGGAUUUGGUGCGACGCGGGGUGAAGGUGAACGCGUGCUCGCUGGAUCAGUUGGAACGAUUCGGAAGGGCGUUCCCGGGAGGGGAGGUCGGCGUGCGGUUUAACCCGGGGCUGGGCAGCGGCGGGACGGGGAAGACGAACGUGGGGGGGCCGAGCUCGUCGUUCGGGAUUUGGUUCGAGUCUCUGCCGCGAGUGAAGGAAAUCGUGGAGCAGUACGACUUGAAGGUCGUGCGCGUGCACACGCACAUCGGAAGCGGAAGCGAUCCGGCGGUGUGGCAAAAGGUGAGCGGGAUGUCCUUGGAUUUGUGCCGAGAGUUUCCGAGCGUCGACACGCUCAACCUGGGCGGCGGCUACAAGGUCGGGCGGAUGUCGUACGAAAAGUCCACCGAUCUCGCCGUCGUCGGCGUGCCGGUGAAAGAAGCGUUCGAAGCGUUCGCGAAGGAGACCGGACGUAAGUUAAAGCUCGAAAUCGAGCCCGGUACGUUUUUGUUGGCCAACUCGUGCGCCGUCGUCACCUCGGUGCAAGACAAGGUCGUCACCGGCACCGCCGAAGGGCACACGUUCUUGAAACUCGACAUGGGUAUGACCGAAGUCUUACGCCCGAGCUUGUACGGCUCUCAGCACCCGCUGGUGUCGGUGAGCAAGGCUGGCGAAUUGCCCGCCGCGCAAGCCGAUUACGUCGUCGUCGGGCACUGCUGCGAAUCCGGAGAUUUGCUCACCCCGGCCCCGGACGAGCCGGAGACCAUCUCCGAGCGUCGCAUGGGCGAAGUCAACAUCGGCGAUUACGUCGUCAUCGAGGGGUCCGGCGCCUACUGCGCCGGCAUGAGUUCCAAGAACUACAACUCCUUCCCCGAGGCUCCCGAAGUCAUGCGACUCGCCGACGGCGCCGGUUUCGCCGUCAUUCGUCGCAAGCAAACCCUCGAGCAAAUCCUCGCCAACGAGGUCGAUUUCACCGCGUGAUCACUUCGUCGCGCUCGUUCACCGUCGCACGCC